UGAUGGACGCUUGUCACAUGCUCAAGUUGACACGUAAUAUGUUGCAGGCAUACAGUCCAAUUGCCACGACCACCGGACAGAUCAAUUGGAGGUACAUCAAUCAUCUUAAUGAUGUACAGAAAAAAGAUGGACUGCAUGCUGCCAAUAAAAUUACAGACAAACACGUCUACUUUGAAAACCGCAAGAUGAGGGUGUCCCUGGCUGCACAGACACUCAGUCGCUCCGUGUCAGUGGCUCUCCGCACAAUGAGGGAUCUUGGGUACUCUCAGUUUAAGGACUGUGAGGCAACAGCACAAUUCAUUGAGGUAAUACAAUUAGUGAUUAUAGAACCAAGUACAUGUUUUUAUAUUUCUUAUUUUUAUAAUUCAUCGAAGUGGUAAAGCUCUGUGAAAUUUGCUGUAGUACAAAGCAUACCUAUGGAAAGAAAGUCAAGUAAAUAUUAAUACCUGCAUGUUUACUAAUUGAGCAGAACGUUUAGAAAUAUGUACUGUGUUCUCAGUAUAUUUUGAAUAGAUGAGUAUUAAUUUCUGAUGAAAUAUUUUAUCUGAUACCUAAUGAAACUGUGUAAUGAUAUUGAUUUUAGAUAAUGAUAUUUUUGUAUAGAUUAUUGACAGGCUGUUUGAUACAAUGAAUGGACGCAAUCCUCGUGCCAAAGGAUUCAAAGCUCCCUUGGGUGCUUUGAAUUGGAUGGAGAGGAAAGCAUUUUUGUCAAGAGCCAGGGAGUACUUGCUCACUUUAGUAACAAGAGAUGGAACACCGCUUCACCGUUCUAAGAGGUCUAUUAAAAUAGAGCUUGUUAAGUUCAUGACAUGAGUUCAAUGACACUCUGUUUCCAUAAACAUCGCGUUCCUAAGAUUCUCUGUUGUUCCGUUAUGCAUCGCGUUCCUAAGAUGCUCCGUUGUUCCGUUAUGUAUUUCGUUCCUAAGAUGCUCCUAACUGCUUCAGUUUUGUUUGUGCCUAAAUUGUUUUGUUUUUUAUUGGUGUGUUUUUGAGGUCCUAGAUGCUUCCAAAUGGUAUGUAUAACACAAAAUCAACUUUAUGCAGCUGUCAGAACGAUGGUUUGUAUGUUGAUAUGAUGUUCUCUUGUUUAAAUGUUUUUUAUGCAGUUUUGGUUUUGUUGGAAUUAUCUUGUAUUCAGUGUGUUUCAGGUACAAGAUGUUUCUCAAUGGUAUGGUAUGCAUUACAUAACAUCAAAUACAGGUAAGGUAGGGCAAAAUGGUAGGUAUUACAUGUGUUGUUCUUAAGUUCUCCCAGUUCUGCAGUCACAUUGUUCCAAGAUAUUGUUCCAUUGUAUACAAGCAUACUAUAUAGACCAGUUCAAAUGAUGUAAACAACACUGGUCCAGAAACACUUCCUGUUACAGUUUGUGACAGUUAUUUUUUUAUUUCACAUAUAUUAUUAUCUUUAAGAUGUUUGUUUAACUUCAGUUAAUUCAGGUUUAUAUGUUCUGUUGGUUUAUUUUAUCCCAACGUUUAUGUAGUGUUAAAAAACAGAAACAGGAAGUGCUUCUGGACCAGUGUUGUUUACAUCUUUUGAAAUGGUCUAUAGUUAAACAAGAAACUGACCCCAUUCCUAAUAUAUCCACCCUGGUAGCUGUUUCACAUGGUGCUUUCUUGGGGUGUCUUCUUUCGCCAUGUUCAGAGUAAUACAACUUUUUUAUUUUGCAGGUACUUGUCGAUCAUUGGUUUUGUCAUUAACAUCGACACGUUGAUGCUGAUGAUUCCUGAACUGCUCCAAGUUCAGCGGUAUGUGCUCACAUACAGGUUCAGCCAGGAUCACUUGGAGCUCCUUUUUAAUUCAAUCAGAGCGUCAGGCGGCUGGAAUAACAAUCCAUCAGCAUGUCAGUUCCAAGCAGUCUUCCGCCGUCUGAUGGUUCGGUGUGGUGUCUCACCUGGUGAGACAGGCAAUGUGUCAGCCCAAGAUCACACUGUGUCCCUGUCUGCUGUGGAGAUGUCCUCUGUUGAAACUGCUGAAGAGCACCCAUCUCCAUUCGCCAACAUUUCGGCCCUUGUGUGUGACCACAGUUAUCUUCCCACUCGGUUUGGAGGUCUAGUGGAAAAUGCUCUGGUCUACAUAGCAGGGUUUGUAGUGCGGCAGAUUCUACGAAAGCUGUCCUGUGAUGUGUGCCGUGCAAGCUUGGUCAGAGAUGCUAGACCAGCUUCAUUUGACAAGAGCUACCACCUUCUAGCCUUGAAAAACAACGGUGGCCUAGUGAUUCCAUCACAGGGCGUAGUAAAGGUGCUGAGAGCUGCAGAGAGGGUGAUCCGCCAAACAUCUACAAUACAAGCUCCUAAGGUGUCAACAGUCACGCACAUUGUGAGGGAGGAGAUUGGAACAGAAGAUGUUUUUCUUCUUGGGGAUCACAUUGAGGAGACCCAGUUUGGCAUCGACAAUCAUCAAUCAGACUUGUUGUCAUUGGUUGUGUCUGUUUUUCUAAGGAUUAGGCUCCACCACGUUGCCAAACUUGCCUCCAUUGAACUACAGAAAGGGAGCACGAGAAAGAAGCUGUGCAAAACAGUCCUCUUUCAGGGGUUUUAGUGUGUGUGUGUGUGUGUUAGAGUGAGAGAAAGAGCGUUGUUUGUUUGUUUGUGUGUUGUGUUGUUUGUUUGUGUGUUGUUGUUGUUUGUGCGCUGUGUUUGUGUGUGUUGUGGUUGUGUGUGUGUGUGUUUGUUUGUUUGUUUGUUUGUGUGUGUGUUUUGUUUGUUUGUUUGUUUGUUUUGUUU